AUGACACAAACAGUCCAAUUUAUAUAUAGAAAAAAAAAAAUUAAAAUUGUUGUGGUAUUAUUUAUAAAUAUUUUGUUAUUUGUGUUUUUUUUUUUUUGUUUUUUUUUUAACAAGAAAAAGGAAAAUGUAAUUGGUGAAAUAAAAAUGAAGAGAGAAAAAUUUGAUUUGGGUGUUUUUUUUUUAUUUUUUUUUAUUUUUUUAUUUUUUAUUUUUUUUCUACACACCUCUUUAUUUUUUAUUAUUUAUUUUUUUAAUUAUUUAAAUAAAAUUAUUUUUUUUAAUUAUUUUUAA